GACCUGAGGACACCAGAGACCAUGCUGGAGAGAGUUGGACCAAGUCUGGACCUGAGAACACCAGAGACCAUGGUGGAGAGAGUUGGACCAAGUCUGGACCUGAGGACACCAGAGACCAUGGUGGAGAGAGUUGUAUCAAGCCUGGACCUGAGGACACCAGAGACCAUGGUGGAGAGAGUUGUAUCGAGCCUGGACCUGAGGACACCAGAGACCAUGGUGGAGAGGGUUGGACCAAGCCUGGACCUGAGGACACCAGAGACCAUGGUGGAGAGAGUUGGACCAAGCCUGGACCUGAGGACACCAGAGACCAUGGUGGAGAGAGUUGUAUCGAGCCUGGACCUGAGGACACCAGAGACCAUGGUGGAGAGAGUUGUAUCAAGUCUGGACCUGAGGACACCAGAGACCAUGGUGGAGAGAGUUGUAUCAAGUCUGGACCUGAGGACACCAGAGACCAUGGUGGAGAGAGUUGGACCAAGUCUGGACCUGAGGACACCAGAGACCAUGGUGGAGAGAGUUGGACCAAGUCUGGACCUGAGGACACCAGAGACCAUGGUGGAGAGAGUUGUAUCAAGCCUGGACCUGAGGACACCAGAGACCAUGGUGGAGAGAGUUGUAUCAAGUCUGGACCUGAGGACACCAGAGACCAUGGUGGAGAGAGUUGGACCAAGCCUGGACCUGAGGACACCAGAGACCAUGGUGGAGAGAGUUGGACCAAUCCUGGACCUGAGGACACCAGAGACCAUGGUGGAGAGAGUUGUAUCAAGUCUGGACCUGAGGACACCAGAGACCAUGGUGGAGAGAGUUGGACCAAGUCUGGACCUGAGGACACCAGAGACCAUGGUGGAGAGAGUUGGACCAAGUCUGGACCUGAGGACACCAGAGACCAUGGUGGAGAGGGUUGUAUCAAGUCUGGACUUGAGAAAGGGAUUCCUCAGAGCUGUAAGACUUGUGACCAUGUUGAGGACUCCACACACUGGCUUCAGAUUGAACCCUUGACUUCCACUGUCCAGGGAGUGACAAUGUUCAGACACAGGACACCCAAAGGGAGUUAUGAGUGCACAGUGUCUGGGCUCCGCUGGCUGUGUGAGAGAGAUGUCAUUCUGAAGUAUCACUUCAGGAACUGGGGACCCUACAGUCAACUUCUGAAAGACAUGCAGUACACACAAGGUGGUCCAUUGCUGGACAUCACUAUGGAGUUCGGUGAACUGGAGGAAGUUCAUCUGCCACACUUUGUCUGUUUAGGGACCAACCCUUCCCUGAGGAAUGAGAUGAAGAUUCUUCAUGUAGAGGAACAUGGAGUGUCUUUAGAGGAAGUGCAUGAGGUCACCAGAUUCCAUGUUAGGAUUCUCCAUCCCAAGUUCUCAGCUAUCUCUGUUAUACUGAGCUAUAUCUUUUCUUGGAACGUAGAUGUCCACUGUGAGCUGAUGCUCUAUCUGACAGUGAAAAGGGAAACAUUAAUUUCUCGCCUGUACCUGUUCCCCUGGAACCCCGGCCAAAUACAGGCUGUGGAACAACAGGAAAAGCCUCAAGGGUCUUCAAGGCUUCUCAUCUCCAGACCAGAGCGGUCCUUCAAACUAUAUAGUUUCUUCAGACUGAACAUUCCCUGUUCUACCUCCAUCAAUCCACAGAAGAUUCAUCUCAUACAAAGAGACACCACACCAAGCUUUUUCAGGGCGAUUGUGAAAAUAACAGGGAUUGACAUUGAGAUGGAGUUAUUCGGUGAUGAUGAGAGGACAGCAUGGAAAGAGAAAGUAUCACAAGAUGAAUACAUCUCUGACACCCGUUCAACUAGUGCUGUGUUGGGGGCAGGAGGUCCGGCUGAGUGUUGGGGUACCAACCUAAUGCAGAGCAGUCUGACCGGUUCUGCAGAGCAGCAGCUGCGUUCUGUACGGACAGAGUUUGUGAAACGAGCGUCAAGAGCUGUCCUGGAUGGUCUGCUGGACGGACUCCUGCAACACACAGUCAUCAACCAGGAGGAAAUGGAGUCAGUGAAGGUGAUCGCUGAGAGGGCAGAGAAGGCACGUGACAUCAUCGACAUGGUGUUGAGAAAAGGAACUGAGUCGUGUUCCAGGAUGAUCAACCUUCUUGGGGAGCUGGACCACUGUCUUUGGUCACAGCUUCAGAUCAUCAGUGUUGGGGUACCAACCUAA